AUGUCGAAGUCACCCCCAGCACCUUCAAGUAGCCGCCCCAUGUCCUCACGAUCAAUGCAUGGUUCUCAGUCCAUAUAUUCUGGCGGGAGCAGCUCACGGCCUUUCCUUCACAUGCUCAACCCUAUGGGGCGCGCUUAUCAGGGUUAUAUGCAAACGAAUCAAUCUGUUCUAGAGGAAGAGGAGGAGGAGAAUGAGAACACGAACGAGGAUGGAGACCUCGAGGCAGGCCAUGCGAAUCGCAGCACGAUAUUCCACAGCACUAGCAAUCCGCAUGGGCGCAGACGAGUAGGGUGGAGUGGAGACACGUCUGAGAUGAAGGUGCUCAGGCCGAACAUCCGGCAGGAUGACCCGAAACAUGACGAGGAAUCGUCGGACGAGGAGCCACAGAACUUGAUGAUUGAAGCUGCAUCGCCUGGGGUGCGCAGAUCACAGUCUCCUCUCGUGAGUGCUAAAGGCAAGGCGAAGGAAAUGCGGAGGCAGCCAUUGUAUUCUACAUCGCGGAAGAACACACCACCGAUCUUGCCCACUACCGCUAUACGUGCUACUCAACUGUCUGCACCUCCCAGACCCUCUGAGAUGAACGCGGAGGAGGAGACACCUUCGGAACCUCUACGUGAACCGCCACAGAGACGUAUGCGCGGGCUAGACGCGCACGAACGCGCAUUGUGGAAUUGGGUCAACGUCUAUAACCUUGACGCGUUCCUGCAGGAGGCAUACUACUAUUAUGAGGGGAAGGGGAUCUACAGUAUCGCAUUAUCCCGCGGACUCAACCUUCUCACAGUUGGGUUUGUUAUUGGAUUCUCGACGUUUCUUCUAGGUUGUGUGGACUACUCGCGGGUCCGCCAUGACAAAGUUAAUCGAUUAUCGGAAGUCAUUGUUGACCGCUGUGUGUCCAGGUUCUCAGGCUUCACGCUCAUUUUCUUCAUCCUGUUCACCGCCUUCUUCGUCUGGCAGACAGCCACAUAUGUCCUUGGUAUAAUGCGACUCGUAGACAUGUACAGUUUCUACACCCACCUUCUGCAUAUACCAGACGCAGACAUCCAGACGAUUUCUUGGCCAGAGAUAGUGCGGCGCAUCGGCGCAAUUCGGGAAGACAAUCCACUGACGGCCAUUUCUUCAACAUCCGCAGCACAAUCAAUCACAGCGAAGCUCGAUGCUCACGACAUUGCAAAUCGUAUCAUGCGUCAGGAGAAUUACCUUAUUGCAUUGUUUAAUAAGGAACUAUUAGACCUUCGCGUGCCGCUUCCGCCAAUGUUGAAACGCUUCGUUGGCGCACCAGAAGAUGGGAAGGGCCGCACACUAACUACGGCGCUGGAGUGGAACCUACGAUUCUGUCUGAUGGAAUAUUUAUUCGAUACCAGUGGACGCGUCAGGAAGGUAUUCCUGAAGUCGAAGAACAGGUCGGCACUGAUUGAGGGUCUGCGAAGACGCUUGAUCUUUAUGGGCAUCUUGAACGCCAUCUUUGCGCCAUUUAUCGUUCUCUACCUCCUUAUGUACUCGUUCUUCCGAUAUUUUGAGGAAUAUCACAAGAAUCCCUCUAAUAUUGGAGGCCGACGUUAUACGCCCUUCGCUCAAUGGAAGUUCCGCGAGUUCAACGAGUUGCCACACCUGUUCAAGCGCAGACUGAACGAAUCGUACCCAGCGGCGAGUAUGUACAUCGGUCAGUUCCCGAACGAGAAAGUGACGAUCAUAGUCCGCUUUGUGGCUUUCAUAGCUGGCUCUUUCGCUGCUGUUCUCCUGCUGUCCUCUGUCAUUGACCCUGAUCGGUUCCUUUCCUUCGAAAUCACACCUCAUCACACAGUGCUAUUCUACCUGACCGUCUUUGCGUCACUCCUCGCCGUCGCACGAGGCAUGAUUCCCGAGGAUAACAUGGUGUUUGAUCCGGAGCUGCUCAUGAUAGAGGUAGUGCAGUAUACGCAUUACAUGCCAGACGAAUGGAAGGACCAGCUGCAUUCGAAGAAGGUGCAUGAGGAAUUCGGCCAGCUAUUCGCAAUGAAGAUCAUGAUCUUUGCCCAGGAGCUGCUCUCCGUGAUUCUCACACCGCUCGUGCUAUGGUACUCCCUCCCCCCUUGUGCACCCGCUAUCGUCGACUUUUUCCGCGAGUUCACCGUCCAUGUCGAUGGCCUUGGGUACGUGUGCAGCUUUGCCGUGUUCGACUUCCAGCGGCACGGCAACAUCAAGUUCGGUGCCCCGACGAAGGUGAACGACGAGCGGCUUAUGUCGAAGGAGGGCAAGAUGGAGAAGAGCUUCCUGAAUUUCAAGGCCGCGCAUCCAGAGUGGAUGCCAGCAGACCCAACGGGAUCGCUCUAUCUCAGUCGCAUGGCAGAUUUCAGCGCCGCACAUCCCAUUGGCCUUGGUCGCCGGCGAUUCCUCCGACGAGGCUCAGAAGCAAACAACGCUGCGAACGUAGUCCCUGCCGUUACCCUUGACGCCACGGUACAACCAGAGGUGGGACCAGCGGACAAGGCUCGUGAAUACGAGCGCGCGCUCAGGCAGAGCCAGAUGGCGCGGCGGCGAGGCAGUGUACUCAUGCAGAGCACGCGUCCUGUCGGGCCAGCGGCAUCGUCGAUCUUCCAGUCUAGCAUGCUUGGAGCGGAAAUGGCACAGACUGCGGUGCUGGGAGAUUCGCAAGGGAGCGUCAUAUCCGGCGCUGCGACUAAUGUGGGAGCGGAGCCGAUACCAGAGGAGGUGGAAGAGGUGAGUAGUGCGUUGGGGGAGUCAUAUGUAGUGGGCGAUACACACAGAGGACAGCCGUCUGUGGGGCAGUCGCAAUCACAGGAGGAGGACGAGCUAGAGGACGGGGGUGUGCUUGGGCUUCUGGCGCAGAUAUAUGGGACGGGGGUAAAUGUGAAGGGCCGCGGCCGAGUGCCUCCGCGUGCGAUUUAG